GCCUGAACCCGCUCAAAGGUUCAUAAAGGGGAUACCAAGGCAACAGAAUCUCUCUCGAGCCACACCCCCCUAUCACAGACGAUAGAAACAAGAGAACAAAGCCAGCAGCAUGUCAGCUCAAAUCAAACACCAGACGCUGGGUGAGAUCCAGGGCCGACAAGGAAAUGGCGUCGUCCAAUUCCUUGGCAUCAAAUAUGCUUCCUUGAAAGACAAGUUUGCUGGGAGUGAAUUGGUUGAGUAUGGUGAAACACAAGGUGUGAUAGAUGGAACACAACUCGGUCCCACGGUCAUUAAUCCUCCCAUGGGCCUCGAAAACGAAUUCGGAUUCAUUCAACAAUCACUGCCAGUCCCUAAGCUGACAUCUUCUGACUUGGAAGGUUUGAAUCUAAACAUCAGUGUCCCUUUGCUUGAAAGCAAACUUCCUACUCCUACUUCCAGCCUUCCGGUGUUUGUAUUUGUUUAUGGUGGAGGAUAUGGCCUGGGUUCAAAUGCAUGGCCGCAAAAUGAUCUAGAAAGGUUUGUGAAGCUGUCCGCUGAUAUGGAAUUACCGGUGAUCGGAGUGGGAAUCAACUACCGAUUGGGAGCAACCGGCUUCCUGACUUCUCAAGAACUGCGCAAUGCGGGGUAUCCUAGCAACAAUGGUUUGAGAGAUCAGAUUAAUGCCUUCCGUUGGGUGAAGAAGUAUAUUUCCGACUUUGGUGGAGACCCUGCGAAUGUGUCAUUCAUUGGGGAGAGUGCAGGAUCAGUGGCCGGAAACCUGCUCCUCCAUACCAAGGAACCCCUCUUCAAACGGUACAUCAGCAUGUCUGGUACCGCUCUGAUGCUCCAACCACUUCCGCCACCCGUCUCGGAAUUUGUUUACUCAAAUGUGAUCAAGAGCAUGGGUGCAGAAGAUCUAUCUAGCCAAGAGCGUAUCAAGAAGCUCUUGGACUUGCCAAACGAGGAGCUUCUAACUCUCGUCCCGCCAAAUCUCCCUCUUCUUCCUAUUGUCGAUGGUGGAGUCAUUGCUGGCAAUUUCAGCUACGCUGAAAUCUCCUCGAAGGAAGGCCCUGCUGUUUCAAUGCCGGGGAGGAGUUGGUGCGAAGAGCUCCUGAUAGGAGAUUGUCAAUUCGAUGCAUCAAUCUUCGGGUUCAUGCUUGGCCCUCGAAUAGCAGGUAUUGCAAAGACGUUUUGCAACAUCGUCCAUAAGACUCCAGGAGAUGUCGGUGAGAAAAUACUCCAAGCUUACGAUAUCAAUCCAAGCCUCUCGGACAAGGAAGGACUUUACAGAAUCCUCAAAUUUUCCACGGACAUUAACUUCUUCGCUCCAGCCAUUGCAAUUGCAAAAGGCUGGCCUGGAAAAGCCUACGUCUAUCAUUUCAACGAACCCAAUCCAUGGGACGGAGAGUGGAAAGGUGAAGCGGGGCAUGCUCAGAGACAGGUAGCUGUCGCCUUUGCUGGAGAUUUCAUCAAGUUCAUGAAUGGGAAGGGCGCGUGGGCAACCUUUGGCAGCAAGGAAGGUGCGCAGGUUUAUGGGCAGAGUGGAAAGGGCUUUACCUCGCAGUACGUGGAAGGAGUUGCAAGGGAAAAGUCUGGGAGACGGAACACGAUCUAUCAGCUGGCUGAGGAUGUCGGAUUAGAUAGUCUGGCGGGAGCUUGGGUUACUUUCCUUACUACUGCGGGCUAA